GGCCCAGUUCGGAUGUGUUGUCUUGGGUUGGAGCAGAGCGGUAUUCUCUGUGUUAGCCCGUCCCCGGCCCUUCCCACAGUCAGUCCGCUGUGACUGGGCAGGACCUGCUUCCCCUGGAUCCGCCGUGAUGUACAUCUGUCGGGAACGACUGCUCGAGUGCUGUCACUCUGUUAGAUCACGGCUGAAAUAUAUGCCCCCACCCCCACUUUCUUCCUCCCCUACAGUGCCCGGCUCUUCUUACCCCUCCCGGCUGCUGGUCAACUCGUCCAUCAGAGUGGUCAUUCACCCUCUAAAAAUUAGCUUGUUGGGGACUUUUUAUUUAACAAGUCUGACUGGUUCUAUUGUGCUGUCUUAAUGUUUAGCCAUUAGAUUCUGAAAUUUAAGCAAUCUGUAUACCUAGUCUCACGAGCAGCAGUAAAACAAGUUAGCUAUUGAACAGCAUUCGUGUUACCUGGUUUUACCGAAAUGUGGAAAGUAAACAGUUGAGUGUGUCCAUCAAACGUGACCUCCAAUUAUGUUAGGUGGUCAAAGUUGGAAUCCAGCCAUUACUUAAGAGUGAGAAAGUGAAUCACCCACAUUAACGAGUGAGACAUACUUGAUCCCAAUGUCGGAACUAUCUGCUCAGAUUGUGCCUGCUUUUCAGGCUGGGCAGCCAAAGGAAACUACCUCAGAAAACACUCAGAACACCUCGACAUAUCUGGACAUAGAAAAGAAAGCAGCCACAACCUGCCAAAGUUGUGAGCAGGCCGGUUUGAAAAUGGAUAGUGCUGAUGAAAAUGAGGAGUGUGUUCCUUUGCUGAUCCUUAGAGAGGAGGUGGCUGAAGAGACUGUCAGACCUGAUCAGUCCAAUCUUGCUCGCAGGGGUCUAGAUGAAGAUGAUCUUUGUCCAGAGAGUAAUGGUCAGUCACAGAAUGACAUGAGGCAGACGCAAGAGGAGUUUGGGGAUGAAGAAGAGCUGUCUCUAAAAUAUGGAGCCAAGCAUGUCAUCAUGCUGUUUGUUCCUGUCACUUUGUGCAUGGUGGUGGUGGUGGCCACGAUCAAAUCAGUCACUUUUUACACAAGGAAGGAUGGCCAGUUAUUGUACACACCUUUUACAGAAGACACGGAUAACAUUGGACAGCGUGCUGUAAAUUCCAUUUUGAACACUCUUAUUAUGAUCAGUGUAAUUGUGGUGAUGACACUGAUUCUUGUACUCCUCUACAAGUACAGGUGCUACAAGGUCAUUCAUGGAUGGCUGAUAAUCUCGUCACUCUUGCUCCUUUUCUUUUUCUCCUACAUCUAUUUAGGGGAAGUCUUCAAAACGUAUAAUGUUGCUAUGGAUGUCUUCACAUUAGCAAUGAUAAUCUGGAACUUUGGGGUGGUUGGAAUGAUAUGUAUUCACUGGAAGGGGCCACUUCGAUUGCAACAGGCCUACCUGAUUAUGAUCAGUGCUUUGAUGGCCCUAGUUUUCAUCAAGUAUCUUCCAGAAUGGACUGCUUGGCUCAUCCUGGCUGUGAUUUCGAUAUAUGAUCUGGUGGCAGUUCUGUGCCCAAAAGGCCCAUUGCGCAUUCUCGUGGAAACUGCCCAAGAAAGAAAUGAGCCAAUAUUUCCAGCUCUGAUCUAUUCCUCAACGAUGGUAUGGCUGGUUAACAUGGCAGAUGUUGAUCCAGAGGCCAAGAUAGACCCAUCUAAUGAUUCUGGUUCUGAAGCUCACAAACUUGAGCUAAAUCAGGCUUGUCCUGAUAAUAGUGCAAUGGAUGCAGAUGAUGGAGGCUUCAGCCGGGAGUGGACAGAGACCAGAGAGGCCAGGUUGGGUCCUAUGGAAUCAACUCAGGAAAGUCGUGCCACCGUGCAGGCAUUGCCGAGCCCUCCAGUGGUAACAGAAGAUCCGGAGGAGAGAGGUGUGAAGCUUGGUUUAGGUGACUUCAUAUUCUACAGUGUUCUUGUUGGCAAAGCAUCAGCAGCAGCAAGUGGAGACUGGAACACAACCCUGGCCUGUUUUGUGGCAAUAUUAAUUGGUUUGUGCCUUACUCUCCUGCUGCUCGCCAUCUUUAAGAAGGCUUUACCAGCACUUCCCAUCUCUAUUACAUUUGGGCUAGUUUUCUACUUUGCUACAGACAACCUGGUGCGCCCGUUCAUGGAUCAGCUUGCUUUGCAUCAGUUUUAUAUAUAGGGCUGUCCUUGCUGUCGGGGAGAUUACACUGUAAAUCAGGUUGAGAACUGGAAUAGAGACAUUUUGUAAUUGGUGUAACAAUACAAGAUUAGGGAAAAGAAUGAUGAAUAGAACUCUGUGAAUUAUAAUUUUCUACUCAAUUCAUCUUACUUCUAAUUUAAAAUCACAGUGACAUCAGAAGAAAAUCAACCUGGUGCAUACUUUGUGUGAAAGUUUAACAUCUGGUUGUAAAGAAUAUCUGGAGAGCUUAUCGAAUGAUCCUGUCUGCACUUUGCUUAUAAAUAGUCUCACAGUGCAAUGACAGCAAAUAGACUCCAAACAUAUUUUCUAACAUGCCUCCAAAUGUGGACUUGAAAUAUUACUUCACUAAGCUAGUUUAGUAUUCUGAAAUAUUCUUAUAUUUCAGAAAGGUGGUGGCCUCUUCUCUGUAAACAGAACUCUGUAAACUUUACUUCACCCUGAACUCAACUUAUCCUUUCAAAUUAAAAGAAAAUCAGUUUGUAGUUUUGAAAUGAAAACAGGAAAUGCCGGGGACACUGAUGGUGGCUGUGGAGAGGGGGGUAGGGUUAAAGUUCCAAGUUGUCUUCUGCACCACAUUUUGUUUUUAUUGCAGAAUUCUAGCAGCUGUACUGAUGCUUUUUGUACUGAUGUACUUUAUUUUUUUAAACAUUAUAAAUAAGACACUGUGGAUUUUGUGAUGUGUUUUGAAAAAAUGCAUACAAAUGUAUUGAUCUUUUUAAAAAAAAAUAAAUAAUUAUUUGGUUCUUCAUGACCAGUCAGCUUUUGUCUGGCCCCUGAUGAGUUAGCAAUUAAAGGUUAGUGAUACACUGGAAUGUUGUCUCUUGCUUGUUUCCUUCUAGUAAUCAACAGUAAUCAUGAUGGUGGUUUAUGGGAGUAUGCAGGAAACACUUCAGACUCCCAGCUGCCUGCUCAACCCUUGGGACAUUUGGCAUUUUCUUACAUGAGACUUUCAAGGCUAAGAAAAGUUAAAAGAAACUAGUUCCUCUGGAGGGGUGGUCUUGACCAAGCCAACAAUAAUUGGAGCCAAUCCAUCAUGCUGAUUAGUGUUCCUUCUGGACAGUAUUUUAAAUUAGGGCAUCUUGGUGGUGUAGACAUUACAGCUCAAGGCGACCCGGAGUUUGGAGUUUAAUUCUGGUGCCGUUUGUAUGCUCACUGUGUGACUACGUAGGUUUCCUCCCAUGGUUCAAAGAUAUACUGGUUAGUCACUCUACUCAGCAGGGAAUAUGGCUGUGGUUAAAGAGCAUUAUAGUCAUUAGGUGGAUGUGGGAGUGUAGUGUGGGAUGUUAAGACCUCAACAGGAUAUAGUUCAGUGGGAAAUUUGGGUAGAGAGUUAGCGGGUGGAAUUUAACCCUGACAAGUGCGAGGGGGUCCAUUUUGGGAAGUCAAAUGGGUGUAGGAUAUACACAAGAAUGUCAAUGAAUAAAGGCACCUUGAGGUCGAAUGUGGGAACCCUGGCAAUAGGGUAGUGACAAAGGCAUAACCUGUAGUUGACAAUUGGGUGGUGUGGGGCACAGAAUAAAAGAAUUGGGAAAGAAUAUUGAAACUUUCCAAAACACUGCUGAGACUGCACAGUAUUUUCUGAAGUUUUAGUUACCACACUAUAAGAAGAAUGUAGUUGUGCCUGGUUAGAGGAUUUCAGUUAUGGGAGAGAUUGGACAGGCUGGGCUUGUUUUCCCUGGAGUAAUGGGGGUUGAAGGGUGACUGGAUCGAAGAUUACAAGAAGCAUCGAUGGGGUAUUGGAAAUAUGAGGGUUUAAGUUGGGAGGGACAAGGUUUAAAGGGGAUCUAAGGGCCAAGUUUUUUUAUACAGAGAGGGGAUGCAUUGCUCUAUGAGAUGGUGAGCUCGGAUACAAUCGCUACAUUUACAAACGUGUAGAUAGCAUUUAUAGCAGUAUGGUAUUGAAGGAAAUAGUUCUAAUGUGGGCAGAUGGAAUUGGUAGAGAUGGGCAACACGUUGGAAUGGCUUCUUUCUGUUCUGUGCAGUUCCACAACUAUGCAGCAGUUAGAUUGUGAUCAAAGGGUAGGGAUUUAAAUAAAUUGGUCCAAGCAGAUUGUUUACCAGAGUGGUUUCCUCAAAGGGUGAUUUAGUCAUCUGUAACUAGCAAAAGGGAGUUGGCUCAGGUACUUGAAGUUGUCACUGUUGCUGAAGUAUUGAAGAAUGGUGAAGAAACCAGAGAGAUCUCUGAAAGCUUUGGCCUGAGCCAAGAUUGUAUGAAAUGGGCUAAACACUGUCCUAUUGCUUCACCUCACCCUCUGUCAAAGGCCUCUCCCAUUCCUUAUCUACUUUUGUUCAUGUUUCAUUUAACCUGACAAGGUCAUAAAUGAUCUCCCUUAAAGAAGAUUAAAGUGUAAUAACCAUGCUCUGAUGGUAUGCACCAUCAACAAGAUUUAAACUGUUAAUCAGUCAGUGGGUGCCGUCCUGAAUCUGGGGUUGGCGGCUAUGCACCUCCAUCUUCUUUGAUCUUGCAACAGCACCGAGUACAACCUCUCCUUCAGUUUGUUCUCGCUGGCUGCCUUAGCACCGCCGAACUCGAGCCCGAGGCCGUGUCGGACUCCAGCCACGGCUGCUUCUUUGAGCUCAGCCCUUCCUUGGGCAGGUCCAGGCACACGGUGCAGCGCCCAAGUUUAUCAUCUCUCUUCGAACUAGGUGCAUAUCAUACGAUUCGUAGAUACAUGGUGAGGCUUUAAUCUCUUCCACAGAAGGUGGUCGUUGACUCACAAGGAGCUCAUCCGCCCUUUGUCAGGUCUUGUUUUUUUUUAGUCCUGCUGGGUGUCCUCACACCCUCCUCACUAGACUAAGUCCAGUGGGGGAGCCGGCCCAAGUCGCCGACCACUGCCCCCAGCCAAAAACCAUGGUCAAGCUGUUAAUAUUCCCCAUGUUAAACCUAUUUGAAGGUAAUUGUUAAUAAAAAUUUUAGAAAGAUAAUCCUAUUACAAAGGAUGUUGAAUCAUAACAAAAGCCAUAAAAAGAGGAGCAAAGUAAUAAACGGGAAAGAUGCAAUUGAAAUAAAUAAAUGGUGGUUUAAAAUUAGCGGGUACCAUUGGUAUUAACUAAACUGAAUGACAGUUUCUUGUGUUGGAGAUCGUUAAUCACAGUGCAAUGUGUUAGGAAUAUUUUUGUAUAUGUUGUAUACUGCAUACUUCAAAAAUAAAUGUACUUCGAAUUCAAAUAAGCAGCUGUACUGUAAACAAAUAAAAAU